GGGGGAGAGAGAAAGGGAGAGAUUAUAAGCGGUUGAGCGAGGGAACGAGGGAUUGAGAGAGCUAGGAAGGGAUAAAUUCAGCGAUCAGCGAGCGUUUAAUAGCUUUCUAAUGAGGUUUUCACUGUCAAGUUGAGUACAUACCGAACGGAUUUACCUAUUACGUUAUCAAAGUGGUUAAUGUGCGUGCAAUUAACGUGUGUUAGGAAGCUCUGGCAGAAACAACGAUUUUGAAAUAAGAGAUUUUCGUUGCUAUUGACGGAGAAAACAUAUGCGCCUACAUGUCACUAGGAUUGUAUAUUAUUCAUAUUUAAUAUGGCGUGUGCAUUAACUAUAAUGUGAUACAUGUAUGUAUACAUGCAUGGUAUGUCGAACGAGGGCGGAUAUUGAAUAGUAAUGGACACUGUGAAUAUAUCAAUGGAUCGUUGAAAAUAUAUUUAUUCCAGCACAUACACCGUACGGAUUAUAUCAACUGACAAUGUUAGACAAGCAUUUCCUAUAUGUUUGUACAGUGCUGAGUUUCGGUCUGGCUACUGCAGGAAUAUUCGACGCGUCGCCGAACACCCGGCCCAAGGAGCAGCUGUUACAUCACUUCCUAUUAAAAGAGAACUCCUAUAACAAGGAGAUUAUGCCCGCUGGUAGCACGAUCAAUGGCACGGCCGACAGCAAAUUGACUGUGAAGCUGGGAAUGCGACUGUCACAGCUGCUGGAUGUUUCUGAAAAGUUCCAGAUUCUAACCUCGAAUCUCUGGCUUCGUCACGAAUGGGUUGAUAACAGACUUCGGUGGGACCCCGACGAAUACGGUGGAAUUCAGAUGACAUUUAUACCAUCAGAAGAAUUAUGGAGACCUGACAUUGUUGUGUAUAACAAUGCCGAUGGAGAAUUCAUUGUGACGCUGCUUACAAAGGCUAAGGUUUACUUCACAGGUUUGAUUGUCUGGGAGCCACCGGCAAUCUAUAAGACCUACUGUCCAAUCAACGUCGAGUACUUCCCUUUUGAUCAACAGGAAUGCUUCAUGAAGUUCAGUAGCUGGACCUACGAUGGACGCCAGAUCGACCUCCAGCAUGUAAGUGGGCCUGGUGUUUUGGAAAACGACCAGAUGGUAAUUCCGAACGGUGUGGACUUAUGUGACUACUACCAGAACGUGGAAUGGGACAUUAUAAAUGUGACCGCCAGACGCAAGGAGAAGUUCUACCCUUGUUGUCCGGAACCUUAUCCCGACAUUACCUUCAACAUUACCAUUCGGAGACGAACCCUUUUCUACACAAUAAACCUCAUUUUACCGUGUGUUGCAAUCUCCUGUCUCACUGUGCUUGUCUUUUGUCUCCCCAGUGAAUCGGGCGAAAAGAUCGUAUUGUCAAUCUCCAUCCUAAUUGCCCUGACGGUGUUCUUCCUGCUGUUGUCCGAUAUCAAUCCACCGACGUCAAUCGUAAUACCCUUACUAGGCAAAUAUCUGAUGUUCACUAUGAUAGUCGUGACGUUGUCAAUAUUCCUGACUGUGACAACAUUAAAUGUUCAUUUCCGUUCCCCGGCUACACAUAAGAUGGGUCCAUGGAUCAAAUGGCUGUUUAUUGACACAAUACCGAAGAUCAUUUGCAUGUCAAGGCCAGCAAAACCGAAUAACGAAUAUAACAGAAUGGAGAUGAGCGACCGUAAUCAAUCGCCCCACUUUCUUCGCCAGUUCCCAGACGUUGGUAGCAACAAUGUUCAAUUUGGGAAUAUAAGGCACAGAUCUAAGUACAUUUCAACGGACAGGUAUCCUCCGGAGAUUCAGGCAUCUCUAAAAGCGGUGGGCUUCAUUGCUGGCCAUCUUCACAACCACGAUGCAGAAAUAUCAGAAGACCGCGAUUGGAACUACGUUGCUAUGGUAAUGGACAGGAUCUUUCUGAUUUUUUUCGGCACAGCAUGCGUCUGUGGCACUCUCAGUAUAUUUCUUCUGCAGCCUUCCCUUUAUGACUCCCGUGUCGCAUUAACUAGAUUCAAUGUCAAUUGUACAAAAUAAAUGCACAAGCUUUGUAAUACGCUCAUGUUUUCUUACUGAUUUUAUGAAAUAUGGUGUUCAUCUAUACUGUUGACAAGUAUGUAGUGCUUUAUAUUUAAGUUUAAGUUUAUCUUGACUUAUGCAUCUAUGUGAAUCUCACUCGUUGUAAGUCAUUCCUGUAUAAAUCGCCAAAUUAACCGGUGUUUAUAGACGUUAAGUUAUAGACGUUAAGAACAUCAUUUAACCAUUUUUGCUCAAACUACUUCUGUAAAUAUAUUGUUAUGGUAUGUACUUAUUCCAACUUGUUGGCAUUUGUAUGAUUUUGGUGUAUAAAAUAUUUUGCGUUUUUUACUUAACUUUUCAACCAAAAAAUGUGUUCAAUUAUUUUAAAUACACGCAGGCGAUACUCCUAUAUUAUAUUUACCGUUUCUUUUUCAUAUGUACCUUAACCAUAAACAAUACUCGUUGCUUUCCAUACUUCAUAUAAAGA